AUCGGUACCUAAUCUCACUAGUCACCUUACUGGAUAAGGGGGAAGCUGUUUCCCCUCGCUCAUAUCGACAGUAAUUGAUAUUGUCGGUGAUUUGCGAGAUCAAUACAUGUGGAUGAUGCGCUAGCACCGACGACAAUGACUGGAACUCACUGGAACCCUCUACUUGUCAGGGUCGUCUUCUGCUCGGCGAAACAAAUUAGCAGGGGCAGUGCACAAAUGAUCGAAGGAACCCAUCACUCUCAGGCUUGCAGGGGCAGGCUGCUGCACCCUGUAUGACGAUGUGGUCGGCGAUUACAUCCUUCUUCUAUGACGCCAUAUCGCAGAAAACGAGAGGAGACUCAAAUGAGAAAUCUAUGAGGUUGUCCGGGGUAGUGCCUGCAAACGAUGUUGAGGCGCAAAGGCUACAUAUGUGGAUGUGGUAUGUGUUCUUGAUCGUAGCUAAAGUCGAGGAUUCCAGAGCAAAGAGAGAAGAGAUUAGCGAUAUUGGUAGCCUGCGUUUGUAUUCUGAACGUCGUUAUACGGGUGACUCUGCACGUCACACUUGUCCAUCAGUCGGUAGUCGUCAACAGAGCAACCAGCAACCUACCAGGGAGUCAUGUGAAACCAGCCCUGUCGCGCGAGGAUCAAAGGUAUCUGUUUCGGCGUGAUAGUACUCUCCAGAGAGAUUGCUGCCAUGACACAGAAGUUCAGUGUCAUGUGGGCAUCCUAGGUACAUGGUACACUCACGACGUCGAUGGCACUAUGUAUUGAUUUCCC